AUGCCACUGUCACAAAACACAAAAGCACCAGAAAACGCUAUCAAUCACCGAUCAACAUCGACGCGCCAGCACGAGACCACCGCCGCUUUGCCUCCCACACAAAGCAGCGCCGAGAGCGCCACUACUAUGUGCCAAUUUUCCUUGCCAGAGUACCUACGUAGAUUUGCUUUUACUCGAAUGUCUUCGUACAAGAAAUUCGAGACCCGAAAGAGAAACCCGGACCCGAAUACUGCGGUCCUCUUGGUCAUCGACAUGGAGAACUACUUUUACUCCAUGGCUCGUCCUAUUCUGCCCUCGCUCAACGCCACCAUCGACCUCUGUCGUCGCGCUUCUGUACCUGUGAUAUUCACCAGACACUGCCACAAAUCCCCCGCCGACUACGGUAUGCUGUAUGAGUGGUGGGACGGCGACCUCAUCAUGGACGGCACUCCUGAGUCACAACUCAUCCCCGAGUUGGAUAGGAAGGGGGAUGACUCGGUUCUUGAAAAGAACACAUAUAGCGCCUUCAGAGGUACAAAUUUAGAGGAGAAGCUGGUGAAUAUGGGAGUGAAAGAGGUUAUAGUGACUGGGGUCAUGACCAAUCUGUGCUGUGAGACCACGGCUAGAGAUGCAUUUGUUAGAGGGUUUAGGGUUUUUUUCUCAACAGAUGCGACAGCAACGUCGUCGUUGGAGUUGCAUGAGGCCUCCUUGAAGAACAUGGCUUAUGGUUUUGCUUAUUUAGUUGACAGUGAAAGGCUUCGUGAGGCAUUUUCCAAAUCUUAG